AUGGCCGUGGGCUCUGUGAAGAUGCCGUCGCCGUGUGAGGGCGCGGAGCUGGCCCGAAGCUGGAACCCCGGCGGCGGAGCCCAGGAGCCGCCGCCGCCGGUGCAGCUGCGGCAGAAGCUGCGGGAGCUGCCGGCGCUGCUGCGGAGCGGGCUGACGCUGCGGAGGAAAAGCGCGGCCGCCGCCGGCCGGACCCUGUCCAGAAGAAUUUCAAAUCCUUAUUUGGAAACUCCUUCAAAUAAGAUUUAUGGAGAAAGUUCUUCCUGUGCUGGGAGAGCUCUCAGGAAUAUUUUUACUCUACAAGCUUCUGACCUGAUUAAAGACAGGGUGUACCUUACUGGCAUUUGCAGGAGAAGUUGUGUUGGAUCAGAACUCGUAGACUGGCUUUUGGAGCAGUGCCCUUUUGUCAAGUGCAGAUCUACAGCAGCUGGAGUGUGGCAGCUCCUCCUGGAUAUGGGCAUUAUAUUGUCAGUGGACAGACAACUCUAUUUUCAAGACAGUCAUGCUUUCUACCAGUUCUCAGCAGAUGAAUGUACCUACCUUUUCUGUGAAUUUGAGAAAGAGGAAGCAUGGAAGAAUGGAGUAAAGCUCCUACUUCAACUACUGCCACUGUCUCCUCCCAGGAUUGACAUGUGCAAUCUGCCCGAUCAAAAAAUAGAAGAUACAGCAGAAACCAAUGCUGAAAUUCUUGCUCGUCUCACUUCUGCGGUACAGAGAGAACUGGCUGCUGUUAUUGCCUUGAAAGCAAGGAAGUCAGCAAUUCAUCAAAAUGAAGAUAACAGCAGUCAAGAAAUAAGAGGACUAGAAGAGCUCAAGGAUACCUCUGAUGCACAGGCAGGAGUUUUAUGCAAGCUUCAGGGAAGAGAUGACAUCGGACGGAUUGAGCUGGUCCAAAAGCUGGCGAGAGAGAACUGCCACUUUUUGCAGGCGGAGAGAAAAGCGCUGGAGAAAGCAGGACAACAAGCGGACGAUGGAGGCGGCGGCGAGCGGGCGCGGGAGGCGGCCGGCGCGGCGCUGGUGCUGCGGAAGGUGUGGUCACGCAGCCCGGCCCCCGAGCGGCGCGGGAGAUACGUGGUGGUGUCGGGGACGCCGGAGAAGAUUUUGGAGCAUCUCCUCAGCGACCUGCACCUGGAAGCCGCCCAGGACAAAGAGACGGAAACUCUCCUGGAUGAUUUCCUUCUCACAUACACGGUUUUCAUGACAACUGAUGACUUGUGCCAGGCACUCCUGAGGCACUAUUGUGCUAAGAACCACCAAGGGAAAGAAGAUGACUCUGAUGUGUCCUGUAGGAAAAGAAAAGUCUUGCACUUGGUGUCUCAGUGGACUUCUCUCUACAAAGACUGGUUACACGAAGAUGAACAUUUAAAACAAUUUUUGAAGACAAUAUACAGAAAUGUCUUAGAUGAUGUGUAUGAGUAUCCCAUUCUUGAGAAGGACCUGAAAGAGUUUCAGAAGAUACUUGGGAUGCAUCGCCGUCACACUGUAGAUGAGUAUUCACCUCAUCGAAAGAAUAAAACCUUUUUCCACCAGUUCAGUGUAAAGGAGAACUGGCUGCAGCACAGGGGAAACAUGAAUGAAACAGAAGAGAUUUUCUGCCGUGUGUAUAUAACAGAGCACUCCUAUGUCAGUGUGAAAGCUCAAGUGUCAACUUCAGCUCAGGAGAUCCUGAAGAUCGUGGCAGAAAAGAUCCAGUACCCCGAGGAGGAGUUGGCACUGGUGACAGUCUCAUUCUCUGGUGAAAAACAUGAGCUGCAACCAAGUGAUCUGGCUAUCUCAAAAUCCUUGGAGUCAUCCAGUCGUAUGUUUGUAUAUCGAAAAGAUCUGACUGAUUCUUUGAACCCAUUUUCUGAAAAUGAGGAAUUGCAGCAAAGAUCCGUGAGGAUUUUGGGAAUUAACACCUGGGAUCUUGCCUUAGAACUAACAAACUUUGACUGGAGCCUCUUCAAUGCAAUUCACGAGCAAGAGCUGAUAUACUUCACGUUCAGCAGACAAGGCAGUGCUGAAAACACUGAGAAUCUCAGCCUUCUGCUUCAAAGAUGCAACGAGGUCCAGCUUUGGGUUGCCACCGAGAUACUCCUCUGUAGCCAGCUCUGCAAACGGGUACAGCUAGUGAAAAAGUUCAUCAAGAUUGCUGCCCACUGUAAAGCCCAAAGAAAUCUGAAUUCAUUCUUUGCAAUUGUUAUGGGUCUCAAUACUGCAUCUGUCAGCCGGCUGUCUCAGACCUGGGAGAAAAUUCCUGGGAAGUUCAAGAAACUUUUCACUGAACUUGAAAAUUUGACGGAUCCUUCUCUGAAUCACAAAGCCUACAGAGAUGCAUUCAAGAAAAUGAAAUCUCCGAAAAUCCCCUUCAUGCCCUUACUUCUGAAAGAUGUAACAUUUAUCCAUGAAGGAAAUAAAACAUUUCUGGAUAACCUUGUCAAUUUUGAAAAGCUGCACAUGAUUGCAGAUACUGUUCGGUCAUUGAGACAUUGCAGAAAUAACCAAUUUGGCAAUGAAGUUCCUUCGAAAGAGCAUCACGAGCUGAAGCCAUACGUCCAUCACCUGCAUGUCAUCGACAACCAGCAAGCUCUGUUUGAGCUGUCCCACAGGAUAGAGCCGCGAGCGUGAGCGUACACAGCUUCGUACAACCUUGUAACUGCAGCACUUUGAAUUAAGUGAAUGUUUAUGCUAAGCAUGUUGCUUCCCUGUAUGAGAACGGUUUACUGAGUUUUAUCAGUAGGUCACACAACAUGCGCAGGAAAAUC